GAGCUCAACUCGGCAGACGUCUUGGGUGGUGUCGGCACUCAGACGUCAUCCGUGAAAUGCAAGCUGCAGGGUACUUCUCGUCUACCUGCAUUCUCAAUGGAUGGUGACUAUGUUAUCGGGGCUGUUUUCUCCCUACACAACUACAUUGACACAAUGAAGUCUAACUAUACCACCAUGCCUGAGCCACUCACUUGCACAGGGAGAGUAGACACCCGUGAACUGCGUUUCGCCCGCUCUAUGAUCUUUGCCAUCGAGGAGAUUAACAACAACACGGAGCUGCUGCCGCGCGUCAGGCUCGGAUAUGAGAUGCACGACUCGUGUGGCUCGGUACCGGUGGCGAUGCACGCGGCGUUUCAGCUUUCAAAUGGCCUGGAUCCCGUGUUUAACACCGGAGGCAACUGCUCCCAGUCUGGUAAGGUGAUGGCUAUUGUUGGCGAGUCUGGAUCCACGCCAUCCAUCAGCAUGUCCCGCGUCAUCGGGUCAUUUAAUAUUCCUCAAGUGAGCCACUUUGCCACUUGCGCGUGUUUGUCUGAUAAGAAGCAGUAUCCGAGUUUCUUCAGAACUAUCCCCAGUGACCAGUUCCAAGCUGACGCGCUCGCCAAGCUGGUAAAACACUUUGGCUGGACUUGGAUAGGGGCUGUCCGGUCGGAUUCGGACUACGGAAAUAAUUUCAUGGCGUCUUUUUUGGAGGCAGCUCACAAAGAGGGGAUCUGUGUGGAAUACUCUGUAUCUUUUUAUCGGACCAACCCACGGAGCAAGAUCCAGAGAGUGGCUGAAGUUAUCCGCAGGUCGACAGCUUUGGUUGUUGUGGCAGUUGCAGCCCGUGGGGACAUGAGGUUGCUUCUGGAGGAGCUAUCACUGGAGGCUUCCCCACCUCGGCAAUGGAUAGGCGGUGAGGCUUGGAUAACCGAUCGAGGCAUGGUGAGGUUCAGCUUCUGUGCCGGAGCCAUUGGAUUUGGCAUUCAGAAAUCUGUCAUUCCAGGUCUGAGAGACUUCCUCCUGGAUCUCUCUCCCUCUGAAGUGGUUGCAUCCCCACUGCUAACUCAAUUCUGGGAGGAGGCGUUUAACUGCAGACUGGGAAAAAGUGCUACUGCAGAUGAGAGUGUGUGUGAUGGAACUGAAGACUUGCAGAGGCUCCUGAGCGCAUACACUGACACCUCUCAACUCAGAAUUACUAACAUGGUGUACAAGGCUGUUUAUGCAAUAGCACAUGCCAUUCACAAUGCAGUGUGUAAGGAAAUAAAUGGCACAACUCAGUGUGAUAAGCUCACCAAGUUAGAGGCUAAACAGGUUUUAACUGAGUUGAGGAAAGUAAGAUUUUCCCAGAAUGGUUAUGACGUGUCAUUUGAUGCUAACGGGGAUCCUGUGGCAGUGUACGAGCUUAUUAACUGGCAGAAAAGUGAGACUGGUAUCAUUGAGUUGGUAGCAGUGGGACACUAUGAUGCAUCACUGCCAGUGGGCCAGGAGUUCCGCAUCAACAAGAACCUAACAUGGGUGGAUGGUGGCACACAAGUGCCAGUGUCAGUGUGCUCUAACAGUUGUCCUCCAGGAACUCGCAAAGUGCUGCAGAAAGGAAAACCCAUCUGCUGCUAUGACUGUAUACCAUGUCCUGAAGGAGAGAUUAGCAAUACUACAGAUUCCCUUGUUUGUUUCCCUUGCCCAGAGGAAUUCUGGCCUAAUGCAGAGAGAGACGCUUGUUUCCCCAAGCCUGUGGAGUUCCUUUCUUUUGAGGAUGUGCUAGGAAUCAUUCUGGCUGCAUUCUCAGUUGGUGGUGCCUGUCUGACCAUUAUAACUGCGGUUGUAUUCUUCCAUCACAGGAUGUCUCCAAUCGUCAGGGCCAACAACUCUGAGCUGAGUUUCCUGCUGCUCCUCUCCCUGACUCUAUGUUUCUUAUGUUCAUUAACUUUCAUUGGAGCACCCUCUGACUGGUCCUGCAUGCUGCGACACACAGCGUUUGGCAUCACCUUUGUUCUCUGUAUCUCAUGUGUACUUGGGAAAACUAUCGUGGUUUUAAUGGCUUUCAAAGCUACACUUCCAGGCAGUAAUGUCAUGAAAUGGUUUGGUCCUCCACAGCAAAGAAUGACUGUAGUUUCCUUCACAUUUAUUCAAGUUUUAAUAUGUACUAUUUGGUUGGUAGUUAGUCCUCCCUUCCCAAUAAAAAAUCUAACCACGUACAAGGAGAAAAUCAUCCUGGAAUGUGCAUUAGGCUCGGUCAUUGGGUUCUGGGCUGUGCUCGGGUACAUCGGCCUGUUGGCUGUCUUUUGCUUUGUACUGGCUGUCCUAGCUCGGAAACUACCUGAUAAUUUUAACGAAGCCAAGUUUAUCACCUUCAGCAUGCUGAUAUUCUGUGCAGUAUGGAUCACCUUUAUCCCAGCAUAUGUCAGCUCUCCUGGGAAAUUUACUGUGGCUGUUGAGAUAUUUGCAAUACUGGCCUCCAGUUUUGGACUAAUACUGUGCAUAUUUGCUCCAAAGUGUUUUAUCAUAUUGUUUAAGCCGGAGAAGAACACUAAGAAACACUUAAUGAACAAAAAUUAAUACUAGUACAACAGAACUUUGAAAUAAUCAAGAUAGAAAAUUUUCAUAGUGUAACACAAGUAAAUUCUUUUUUCUACAAUUCUAAGUUGAGAUACAUAUCCAUACAUUACCAGCUUCCUUAUGCACAUGUCUAUUUGUGAACAUUUUAAUCUGCUAUUUUACUAAUAUCAAUUUUCAUGUCAAAAACAUUUGAA